GCCAUUCUCUAAGUAUUUCUCUCCAUAUAAAAACAAAACACUUCCCGCUUUUCUAACUUCUCAGUUCCCUCCUUUUCUCUGUCUCUCUGUGUAUAGAGAAGUGCUGCUAGAGUUAUUUUUACUUGUUGUAGCAGGUGAUCAAAGUACGUACUCAAUACCUGGAGAAUUCUGACGAUCGUGCUAAACACAAGCUCAAAUAACAAAGUUGAAGAUUUCAAUUUGGUAAAAGAAAAAAAAGAAGAAGAUGAAUGCGGUUAUUGAUAAAGAGAGAGACUAUCAUUAUCUCGCAUUGAAGGCACGGAUAGGAGGAAGGAAAAAAGACCGAGUGAAGAAACAAGAGGAAAGACCAGUAUUAAUGUGGGAGAAAUGGGAAGAACAAAACGAUAGUUGGCUUGACGAAAACUACAGAGAUCAUAACUUGGAUUUGGAUUUGGAUGAUCGGAACGAGUUAAUUUGCGAAAUAGCAGAGCCGUCAUCGGAUAUGAUUGUGCCAUUGUUCAGGUACCAGAAGGAGUGGUUGUUUUGGGCACUUAAUCAAGAAGAAUCUGAAGCAAAAGGGGGUAUUCUCGCUGACGAGAUGGGAAUGGGAAAAACUAUACAAGCGAUAGCGCUUGUUCUUGCUAAACGCAAAUUACAGAAAGAUUCCAGUAUAUUUUCUUCUUCUCCCAAUACUUCCCAGAAACUCCCAUUAGCAAAGGGAAACCUUAUAAUAUGUCCGGUGGUUGCUGUCCAGCAGUGGCUAAAUGAGAUAAAUCGCUGCACCAUUGAAGGAAGCAACAAAAUUCUUGUUUACCACGGUUCCAACAGAAAGAAGCUUAACCACAAUAUUGAAGAAUAUGAUUUUGUCAUCACUACGUACUCCACUGUUGAGGCUGAAUAUAGGAAAAAUGUGAUGCCGCCAAAACAAAAGUGCGAGUGGUGUGGCAAAUCAUAUUAUGAAGAGAAGUUGUCCAUGCACCUGAAGCGGUUUUGUGGACCAGAUGCGCCAAAGAAUCGGAGGAAGAAGUUAGAACUUGACGUAGAAUUGUUGGAGCAGAAAACAGAUUCUACGGAGUUAGAGACUAAUAUGCAGACGACAGACUCUAUGGCGUCAGAGACUAAUGUGCAGAAAUCAGGUUCUACUGAGUCAAAGACUGAUAUGAAGAAAGCAGGUUGUAGGAAGCGUAGGAGAAUGACAGAAGAAGGGAACAAUGAUGGUUCUAUUGAUAAUUCAGCCAGUACAAGUCAAGAUUUGCCACAGAGGAAAUCAAUUUUGCAUUCAGUGAACUGGGCUCGUAUCAUCUUGGAUGAGGCACAUUAUGUAAAAGAUAGGCGCAGCAACACAACAAAAGCUACUCUUAGUUUGGAGUCUUCUUAUAAGUGGGCCUUAAGUGGUACUCCAAUUCAGAAUCUUGUUGGAGACUUGUAUUCACUUGUCCGUUUCCUACAAAUAGUACCCUACUCUUUUUACUUUUGCAAGGAUUGUGAUUGCAGAACACUUGACCACAGCUCUACAACUGAGUGCCCACAGUGCCCUCACACAUCUAACCGGCACUUUUGCUGGUGGAAUAGAUACAUUACUACACCUAUGACACAUGGAGGGAGUUAUGGGAAUGGUCGAGAUGCGAUGGUUCUUUUGAAGCACAAAAUUCUAAAUUGUAUCCUAUUAAGACGAAGCAAAAAAGGAAGAGCUGCAGAUCUUGCACUUCCUCAAAAGAUUGUUACUUUGAGAAAAGAUUCUUUGGAUGUCAAAGAAGAAGACUACUACAUGUCAUUGUACAAUAAAGGCCAGGCACAAUUUAAUACUUAUGUUCAAGCUGGAACAUUGAUGAAUAACUUUGCACACAUUUUUGAGAUUCUCACGCGCCUACGGCAGGCAGUUGAUCAUCCUUACCUUGUGGUAUCCUCUAGUACUGCUUUGGCUAAAAGUGGGAACCUGGACUCUGGAAAUGCUGAUCAACCUUGUGGCUUAUGUCAUGAUACAAUGGAUGAUCCAGUUGUUACUUCUUGCAUGCAUGUCUUUUGCAAGACGUGUUUGAUGGACUUUGCUGCAAGUGUUGGACAAGUGCCAUGCCCUUUGUGUUCUGAACUACUUACAGUUGACUUCACUGCAAAUAAUGAGAAGGCGGGUCAGAAUUCUAAACCGACUCUCAAAGGGUUUAAGUCCUCAAGUAUACUGAACAGAAUUCAGCUCGAUGCAUUCCAGUCCAGCACUAAAAUAGAUGCAUUGCGGGAAGAAAUUAGGUUCAUGAUUGAAAGAGAUGGUUCUGCAAAAGGAAUUGUUUUCAGCCAGUUCACAUCUUUUUUGGAUCUGAUACACUAUUCCCUUCGGAAGUCGGGCAUCAAUUGUGUUCAAUUAGUUGGAUCCAUGUCUAUGGAUGCAAGAGCUGCAGCCGUUACCACAUUUACUGCCGAUCCAGAUUGCAGGAUAUUGCUUAUGAGCUUGAAAGCUGGAAGUGUUGCACUCAAUCUUACAGUUGCAUCACAGGUUUUCAUGAUGGAUCCUUGGUGGAAUCCUGCUGUGGAGCGACAAGCCCAAGAUAGAAUCCAUCGAAUAGGGCAAUAUAAACCUGUCAGGAUUGUGAGAUUUGUGAUCGAAAAUACAAUUGAAGAGAAGAUCUUAAAGUUGCAGGAGAAGAAGGACCUUGUUUUUGAAGGGACGAUUGGUGGCUCUUCAGAGGCGUUUGGAAAGCUAACAGAAGCAGACUUGAAAUUCUUGUUUGCGACUUAAAUUAGUUAAUAUUUUGUUCUUCAGUUUAGGAAGCAGAUUCACUUGUAUUUUGAUUAGCUUCUAUCACAAAGUUUGUAAAUAGGCUAGUCGUCUGCUGCCCAUGCUUUAUUCUAUAUAUACUUGAACUUAGCCGGUAGAAAGGCUAUACUGCUUUUGGUUUGUCCAGGGAAUGUUGCUUUUGCAUCA